UUCACACGGAGAAAAAGCGAAACUCUUGCUUCCACUUGUUUCCGGGUGGCCAGACUUUGCGUAGGAAAUUCUUGCUCGAGCCUCGAGCCUCGUCGAUGAAGGGGCGCACAAUCACAACUCACGCAGCAGCGAACGAGAACGAAGGCGGGCCAUGAACAGAGGCUGGCCGUUGGGCGAGGCCGGAAAGAAGAUGGAGCUCGUGAACAUGUUCGCGGGGAACCCGCUGAUUCCGGGCAAGCGCAGCGUCGUCGACCCGCGGGAGCUGGAGGCGUUACUGCUGGGCCAUGCCGGCGCCCGGGCGCUGCCGGUGCUCGAUGGCCGACCGCUCGUGGCGGCGUCGCGCUCUGCGCAGGGCGUCGUCAAUUGGAGCCUGUGCUGGCAGAAUUUGGAGCAAUUCGGCUCGAGGUUUCCAUUCGGCCUCGGUUCCUUGAGCGGCGAUUCGGCCGAAGCGGAUCUCGCCGAAGGUGAAUUAGUGCGCAGGAAGUACGACAGGGUGGUCUAUUUGGGGGACCAAGAUGGCGUGCCUUGCUUCGCCAUCGACGUUUCGAAACUUCUCGUCGGCGCUCACGGCGACGCUUCGACGACGGCGCAAGGGCUGGAUGCGAGAGCGUCCGCUCAGAAAUUGGCGCAGGAGCUCGCUGCAGUUUUUUCUGCGGACAAUCCCGGUGAAAAAUCAGCCUUCAUCGACUUGAGAACGCUCAUGCUGGCAGCUGAUUGGCGGAACAAACAGGCCACGGAGCAGGUCGCCAUUGGAGGUCAUGCAAGAGCACUCCUAGAAUGGCACAAGCAAGCACAAUUCUGUGGUCGAUGUGGGACAAAAACUGUAGCCACUGAAGCAGGGCAGCGGCGACAAUGCUCCAAUCAGUCCUGCAAGAACAAGUUGUAUCCUAGGACGGAUCCGGUCGUAAUCAUGUUGGUGAUAGACAAAGAGAGGGAUUGUGUGAUCUUAGCCCGUCAAUCUCGAUUCUUACCCCGCAUGUGGAGUUGCCUUGCAGGAUUCAUUGAGGCUGGAGAAAGCUUGGAGGAAGCUGUGAGGCGAGAAACUCAAGAGGAGGUGGGAAUUAAUAUUGACCGAAUUGUUUAUCACAGUUCACAACCAUGGCCAGUUGGUCCUAGCAGUAAGUCAUGCGAACUGAUGGUGGGGUUUUUCGCCUACGCGACAAGUUUUGACAUCAAAGUCGACGGAGUUGAGCUUCAAGAUGCGCAAUGGUUCAAUCGAGAAUCUGUCCUGAAGGCCUUAACGUACACAGACUACAGAAAUGCUCAGGAAGCUUCAAGCCUGAAGGUUUAUCAGUACUGUUCAGGAGAGAAAACGACGGACUCAUUUUCAGAGGCGCCCAUGUAUGUGCCGGGUCCUUAUGCAAUUGCUCACAAUUUGAUUGCAACGUGGGCAAACGUAGCCCCAGACUCUCUUCUGAGUAAAGUUUAGUAUCACAAUAUCCAUAGCAGGCCUUACCAUUGGCAUGUGACACAGCCAUUUAUUUUAUAACAAUUUGUUUUUGUUGCUCGUCCAAUUUAUCCAUUGUAAUAAACAUGAAGUUUAGUAGUCCUCAGGACGAGUAUGACUAACUUAGAUUGUAGGCGAGUGGAGAAAUGAGGAACAAGCAAUCUAGAGAUUUUCUGUUUGACACUUUGGAUAUCAUUUAGGGAAGGUGGGUAAGGAUGAUCUUGUUCUUAACAGUGAGCGUAGCAUUCUAUGUUAAAUCGGAAGUGGAUACUUCAGUUGCAAACGACAUCAUAUGUGGCAGCCAUCCAUACUUCAGGUUUCAACUAUGCCUCCAAAACCAAAAUUCAACUGUCAGCAGACCUUGUCAAAUUCUCUUCCUCCUGCUGGCAACGCAGAAGCACCAAUUGGGAAUCACACGAGCCCUUGAUGUCUUCGGUAACCACUCUACUCUAUUUCACAUGUGGAAAGAUCACGGUGGAACCGUUACAUUACGAGGUUGGUUGUUUUCUCUUUUAAU